AUGCGAUUAUAUCUCAACGACAAACCGAGAACGUUUGUUCUAACAACAUCAACACAUGCAUUGAUCAUCAAACACCCAAACCCUACAUAUGAGCACCGAGGUAUCAGAAGUCGAAUACUCGGUCAUAAGCGUCAUCAUAGCGAGAAGGACGAUAGUAAAGUUUUGGUGGAGUUUGUAAUAAAAGAUUACAUCAAUCUCAGCUCGUACCGCGAUGUGACUCCGAAACGAAAUAAACUUUUGGGAUUUAUUGGCCUACUUCCUUUAAAGGGGAAAGUGUUUUUGGGAUUCAUUACUCAGCAUGAACAUGUGGCUUCACCAACUUUGGAUGACAAGGUUUAUAGAAUUACGGGGACUGAGUUUUUCUGUUUGGAUUCAGAUGAGUACGACUACAUUUUUGAUCGAGAGUAUGAUGAAUUGAGAUAUCAGGAUAAUGAAAAAGUCAAGUAUCCAGGUUCUUCUGUUAGGAAACUUCUAUCUAGUGGAGCGUUUUUUUACUCGAGACAAUUUGACAUCACCUCAACUAUUCAGGAACGUGGCAUUGGAACGUCUGACUUCAGAUUGAUUGCAGACACUUCAUACUUUAGGCGGUUUCUGUGGAACAUGUUUAUGAUGGAAGAGUUACUCGAGUUUAGAAAUAGGUUGACCUUGUCAGAACAGAGACUAAUUGAUGAAACUGGGUUCCUUAUUGUUAUUGCUCGAGGAUAUGCCAAAACCAUCAACACGGAAGUUGCUGGCCAAGACGCUUUAUUGACCUUGAUAUCUAAGCAAAGUAGUGCAAAAGAGGGUCCCAUUUUUGGAGAUUGGGGAUGUGAUGGCAAUGGAUGUGUUGCCAACUACCUUGAGUCAGAAGUCAUUCUUUAUACUGAACAUUUUUGUCUAUCGUAUGUGAUUGCACGAGGAAACGUUCCAAUGUAUUGGGAGCUCGAAAACAAGGUUUCAACAAAGAACAUAAUUGGUGCCAGCAAUAAGAAAAUACUUUUCCCUCGGUCAUUUGAGGCAUCACAGGAAGCAUUCACAAGACAUAUAGAUCGACUUGCAGCUCAAUAUGGUGAUGUACAUUUGAUCAAUGAGCUUUCCGACAAGUCGUACAAGGGAGUCUUGAAUGCGUCCUUUGAAGAACAGGUAAAGUAUUUUUUGGCAAACAGGGAUCCUGCUACAUCUGACUAUAAAUUCCAGUAUACUUAUUUGCCAAUACCAUCAGCUAGAAUUAAAAAAGUGGGGUAUACUUCUCAAAACCCGUCUGAGAUAGUGUCGAAAAUAUCAAGCUCCGCAAGAGAAUUUGGAGCUUUGUUUUACGAUGACGCUACAAUCAGCUUUGUGGGUAAACAAUUGGGUGUAUUCAGAAUCAAUUCUUUUGAUAGCUUGAGCAAGGCAAACUUUUUAUCAAAAGUAAUCAGCCAAGAGGUUAUUGAGCUAGCCUUUGGCGAAAUUGGAGUACAAUUGGAUAGAGACUUGUUUGCGUCGCACGCCAAGCUUUGGAAAGAAAAUGACAUUAUAAUUACCCAGUUGACCCUCAAUUUUGUUUCGUAUAGCGACAAGUUGCACACUAGCAAGAUGUCUAAUGCAUCUUCUGUGAAGUCACACAUUACAAAGAAAUAUUUGAGUGGAGUUGUGGAUAAUGCUAAAUCGAAUGAAUUGGUGUUACUCAAGUUAUUGGGGAGGCUACAAGACCAAUCGCCGAUUCCAUUGUACAAUCCACUACAUGACUAUAUCGAUAAGGAGUUGGCAAAGCGUAGCAAGGAGUUUACGUCAGAACUGGAUGUGUCUGUAUUUGCAUCAACGUUUAAUGUCAAUGGGACCUUCUACGAAGGUGACAUUAAGGAGUGGAUUCUUCCACAUGGUAAAUCGCACGACUUGGUGUUUAUUGGUUUACAAGAAAUUAUUGAGUUGAAGCCAAACCAAAUGAUGGCACAAGAUUUCAAAAACAAGACUCUUUGGGAGCGUAAGAUACUAAACUGUUUGGCCCAAGAAGACAAAUAUGUUGUGAUGUGGAGCGGGCAGCUAGGGGGGCUUUUGUUGCUUCUUUUUGUCAGAGAAUCUCAGGUUAAGCAUAUCUCCAAUAUUGAAAUUUCGUUCAAAAAGACGGGUCUUGGUGGUAUGGCGGCAAACAAAGGUGGGAUUGCUGUUAGUUUCAAGUAUUCUGACACAACCAUGUGUUUUGUAUCUUCUCAUUUAGCCGCAGGACUUAGCAACACCGAAGAGAGACACAAUAACUACAAGGCUUUGAUUAAGGGGAUAAAGUUUUCAAAAAACAGAAGAAUUCCCAACCAUGAUGUGGUAGUAUGGCUCGGUGAUUUCAAUUUCAGAAUCGAGUUGUCCAAUGAAGAAGUCAAGUCAAUGAUACAUCAAAAGCAAUACGGAAAACUUUACGAAAGAGAUCAAUUGAAUAAGCAAAUGGCAAGCGGUGAAACGUUUCCAUUUUUUGCCGAACAAGAGAUUCGUUUCCCACCUACAUACAAGUUUGAUAACGGUACCAGAAAAUACGAUUCAAGUGAGAAACAAAGAGUGCCGGCCUGGACUGACCGGAUAUUAUACAUGUCGCGAAAGAACCUCAUCAAGCCCAUGGACUAUGAGUGCAUUGACAACAUUGUAUUUUCUGAUCACAGAGCUGUGUAUGCAAUUUUCCAAAUCACAGUCAAAAUUAUCAACCAUGCUAUUAAAAAGAAAUUAUCUAGUGAGCUAUAUGAAGCGUAUAAUCUAAGGGAUGGCGAACUUCAGGAUUUGUCAGCAUUGACUUAUGAUCUCGACAAAAAAACCACCGAUUAUGAAAAUGAAAAGUUACCGCCACCAAGCUCGGACAAACAAAAGUGGUGGCUCGAUGGAGGCAAACCGGCUAAAGUAAACAUCCCUCGUUUGUCAGAACCAGGAAAUGACUUGGUUGCCAACCCUUGGCAUCCAAUAAAUCCAUUUGUCUCCACCACCGAGCCUGAAUUUGUUUCGAAAAAGGAGUUGGAAAGUAUGUUGAAAUAA